CUAAGUGAAAGGUAUUCCUUGUGCCACAUCCAUACCUUUCUGAAGAUGCUUCAGCUAAGAAUUCUCUGUGCACUUCUGUCCUUCAGCAUCGCCUUGGUGACAAGUAAUGAAUCUUCUCCUUCAGAACUAGGACCACGUGGUUCCAGAAUAGUAGAGCAUAAAACUCAAUCUAACUGCAAAUCUGAUGACGAUUGGCCAAUAUGUGCGGAUGAAGACUGGGGUAUUAAAUGUCCCUCAGGCUGCAGGAUUCAAGGACUGAUAGAUGAAACAAAUGAGGAUUUUCAAAACAGGAUAGAGAAGGUUAAGAGGGAGCUUUUGGAUAACCAAAAUAGUUACAAGUCAUCUAAUAAUUUUAAACAAGAAAUUUUUAACUAUCUGGAAAGAAAUCUGCCCAGUGAACAAGAAUUAAAUACGAACUAUGGACAAAUAUCUGAUGACCUAAGAAGGAGGUUGGUGACACUGAAACAGAGAGUUGCUAAUAAAGUAGAAAGGAUUAAAACCUUGCAGAACUCAAUCCAGAAUCAAGUUGGAGAGUUGAAACGUUUAGAGGUGGACAUUGAUAUUAAGAUACGUGCCUGCAAAGGAUCUUGUGCUCGUGUUUUCAACUACAACCUGGACACAGAGAGUUAUGGAAACAUACAGAAGCAACUCGUACAAGUUAAUGCCAUUAAACUGGUGUCAGAAGAAAAAGUUGCUCCCCUCAAGUCCCUGAAAAUAACACAAGUGAAGGAUUCUAUUGCUCCCAGUCACUAUAAAUCUAGUCCUCUAACUGACCAGGAAGCAAAUAUACUUGACAGUAUAAAGGUGUUUAAGGUAGUAUUGGAAGAUUCUAAAGGAUCCAUAGCAGACACCAAAUAUGCUGCUCCCGGAACAUCUGGAAAACCAUCCACAAGCACAGUAAUAAUAAGACCUGCUACGGACAUUCAUACCAGCCGUACAUGCAUUAAAACCAUCACUAAAAAAGUCAUACGUGGGCCGGACGGUUUACGAGAGGAGACGGUGGAAGAAUUUAAAACUCCUGAUGGUUCAGAUUGUUCCGAUUUGAAAGGUUUCCUUAAAGAAGCUAUCAGUAGUGGAGGUGGAGGAAGCGGGUCUCACGACUUUGUCCCCCAAUAUCCAGGUGCCAAUUCUGAAACCCUAUCAGUCAGCCACACAAAAACACAGGGAGAGGACAUUUUUUCAGAAAUAGGGGAGGGAGAAUUCGAUGACUUCUCGAGAUUUGACCACUUCUCCCAUGAAGGCAACACCAAGACAGUCGUAGAAACCAAGUCAAGGAGAAUUGUUGAAACAGGUGGCUUUGUAGAAGAAAUACAACAUGAUGAAACUACAGAGCACAACACUGAGUUACAAGGGCAAAGCUUGAAUGCAGAACAGAAUCCUGGGAAAGGCAACACCGGGACAGGUAUCCAUCCAGUUCAUGGAAAAUAAUUGUGGAGGGAGCAAAAAAUGAAGUUUGCAACCAAACUGACACAAAUACUACAAUCCAUUACAUUGUUCAGUUAAUGAAAGCCAUGUGUCUGUUUGUUGCUAGUUAAGAAAGGGUGGGGUACAUUGAUUUUUUAUCAUGAGUCAUUGGUUAGCAAGGCAGUUUCAUACAGAAUGGCAGAGAUAAUGCAUUUAAAUCUAAAUAUACUUUUUGGGUGGGGGAUGAUGCAAGCUGUCUUUCCAUGUGUAGCCCAACAUUUAGCGUAGACAGUUGACUUCAGCAAUAUUACUGAUGGAUACCUGUGAGCUUGUAAUAAAACUUAACUGAAAACUUC